CUUAUUUUAUUUUAAAGGUGUUUGCAAAUAUUUGUUCACGCGAUGUGAUAUGCACGUACAGAACUUCUAAGUUAAUCAUGUAUAAACUGCAUUAAAACGUUACAACUUUUAUCCCGUAAAUCCCUUUUAUCACCUACAAUUACAAAAAACGUUCGUUUUGCAAAUAAAAUUCCUGUGCGUGUGUGACAAUGUCGAGAACAAUAAUCGAUGUAUUGGUGUAAACUGUGUUAAUCAUGUGUAAACUGCAUUAAAACGUUACAACUUUUAUCCCGUAAAUCCCUUUUAUCACCAACAAUCACAAAAAACGUUCGUUUUGCAAAUAAAAUUCCUGUGCGUGUGUGACAAUGUCGAGAACAAUAAUCGAUGUAUUAGUGUUAUCUUUCCUGGUGAACUAUGUGAUACCUAUUUUUGGAAAUUUGACUACUUUGCGCGGACCAACAAUUAACGGAUGGAAAAAAGUGAUAUGUCUUUCAGAGGACGACGGAGGUGCUUUAGUGUGGAAUAGCGAUUUACGCUAUAGUUACCACAAAACUUAUAUUAUCGAUACGAAGGCGAAAAAAUUUUCUAGUACAUGUGACGUGCAGAGCAGCCAGAUCGAUUGCAAACUGAACGACAUCAAUGAAUGUUUGAACUUGUGGGACAAAGAUUAUUGGCAGCUCGUAACCUCAUUAGAUAAACCUAUGGGCCCGGUGUUCGAUGAACGAUGGGAAGAAUUUCCAGAAUAUUAUUUCCAUGUUGAAAAGAUGCUUGAGGUCCGUUUACUUGAUACGAACAUGAUACAGUUUUCAUUUUCGGUACGUGCGGAGAAAGACGUGCACGUACUGAUCUGUAACAAUAGUUAUCAAGACAAUUUGUGUUACUGGGUCAUAAUAGGCGGUUGGUUCAAUACACGAUCUGUCAUUCGAAAAUGCUUGACGGGAAUGCCUUCGAUUGGGACAUUUCCACCGCUAGACUCGCCAUGUGCAAUAGAACACGACAAACAAAUUCACACAGCAUUGGAUCCAUACGAAUGGCGCACCUUUGUUAUUACGUGGAAUUCUGCUACAAGAAACGUAUCACUCUAUGAUCCUGAUAAACUCAUUCUAACAUAUAUGGAUUCAGACAUACAACGUGACGACAUAAGUUUUAAUUCCAAAUUAUAUAUCCGAUGCUCUCCAUCCUCGUCAGUUCGAUAUCACGAUUAUUCGUAUUUUUACACCAGCCAAAGAAGUGCAAUAUUACAGAGUAAUUCAUUUAUUCUCAAUACCAAUGCUAUAUGUUUACAAAUGCUGAUCGGCCUCUGUGCUGAAUGUGACGCAGAUGUUUCGUUGCAUGUUUCUUUUACUGACGAAGUCCUAGAAAAUGUAAUUGUAAAGGGCUCUUCCGUGGCGGCCCUUCAUGGUUUGCCUAUGUGGCAGUCCGUUAAAAUCAUAGUAAAUUCAUCAAUACAUGCUUACAAUAGUUUGAAAAUCGUAGUGACACCGAAACUUAAUCUAAUCACGCCUAACCCGAUAUGGGCGAUAGCAAAUGUUCGUCGAUGUCCUUUAAAAGGUUGCUUGAGACAAAGCGGCGUGUACAUUAAAAAAGAUUGGAUUAGAGACCGUGAUUAUUUCUGGCCUAACUUAACUUGCCAAAAAUUGUUUUAUGAAGAACAUACCAUCGUGCAUCCUUUAUACCAACGUGACCUAAAUGUGAAAUUAGUUGGCGAAACUUGUCCUUUGGGAUCUAUUGGACCUGAUUGUAAGAUUCAAUGCAAAAAUGCUCUAGAAACUAGGGCUGAUUGCAAAGCAGUUGUAAUUUGUUACGACAAUGGAUGCACCUGCCCUGCAGGAUAUGUGGGCCCUAAAUGUGGCGCAUCUUGUGAUGCGAAUUUAUACGGCCAUGCCUGUGCGCAAAGCUGCGGCUCGUGUCUUCACAAUAAGACGUGUGAUCGAGUGACUGGAGAGUGUACUGGCGGAUGCGCAAAUUCGAUAAAUUUCGUUUACGCACCACCUUUGUGUCAAAUAGGUAUUGAUAAACCGAGCGAGACUCAAAUUAUUUUUACGAACCAAACGACCAUCAUAGCUAAUGCUCCAAUCAAGUGGGAGGAGAAAUACGAACGAGUGGAGCUUUUAUAUUCAUUCGAAAUUAAAACGCCAGACGGGAGUUUCAAGGAUCAGCAACAGUGGAACACAUUUCAAGAUAGCACACAAUUAGUAGGCAUCUUUGCGAACUUGCAACCUGGCACUACCUAUCAGAUUAGAUGCAUUCUUUCAAUUAACGAGUCGAUAUUGUAUGCAGAUUGGAUAAAUGCCAUUACUGAUUGUAAUCUAAUCACAAACUUCCACAUAACACCUAAUGAAACAAGCUUAGAGAUCAGCGUAGACGACAACGAAAAUCAAAUGUAUCCGUGCCCGCUGGAUUCGUACGUUGUGCUAUACAAAAAGAAUGAUGAUGAAAGUGACGGAGGAACACCUAGAGCGAUUCCGUAUUUUCCGUAUACGUUAAUAAGUUUAACUCCAUAUACAACUUAUAAUGUAAUCAUAUCCCAUGGAACUAGGAACGUAUCUUUCGAGAGAAUUCGUACACACGAAGGCGUUCCAUCGGAAAUAUUAACCUUCCAAGCAAUGCCUCUGUCAAGUUCGCAAGUCAGUUUACUUUGGACACCGCCAGGACAACCAAAUGGAGAAAUAAAAGAAUAUGUCGUAUACUUGAAGCUUAUACAGUAUUUUGGCUGUCCGAAUCAUCAACAACCUUCACAAAAUAAUUACACUAUUGUAGAAAGAACAGAUAAGACUAAAGUUACACUUUCUGAAUUACACGCAUAUGCAAUGUAUGAUGUGCUAGUUGUAGCAUACAAUUCACGGCAUUCAAGUGAACCUGCAAGGACGACAUUUCAUAUGAAUGCAUCGAUGAUACCGGCAGUUACGUUUUCUAAAGUGAAAAUACAAAAUUGGAUAUUAUCGUGGAGCCUUCCUGAAGAUUGUACAGCGAUUUUAGGACCAUUAGAGGUCGCUAGAAUCGAAAUACAAGGAGUUAGUGAAGGGAUUAAAAAUUUCAAUGUGACCAAGAAUACACAAAUUACGUAUAUUGAUUUGCAUGAUGUAUUAUACGGUGCUGAACGAUACGUUGCAAAAAUUUUUGCUUUAAGAGACUUUGGGCACCAAGUAAAUACUUCCGCUUACAUAGAAUAUGAGUUCGACACUCCGUCUAAAGCACCUCCUAAAGUUAAUAAUCUCGAAGUCGUGGAGAUUGAUGAUCAGAAAAAUAUAUAUUUAAGGUGGCAACGUCCAACUCCACCUCUUAAUGGGGUAUUAAGUAAUUAUGGCAUCAUCUUAUGUCACAAAUAUUAUACUGCAAACUGCCACGUAAUUCGAGUGCAACUAGAUGAAAAUUGUGAAUUAUAUACCGAUUAUAUAUGCAAAAGUUUUAUCUACGCGAAUGAAAAUAUUCAAGUUGUGGCCUAUAAUGUUGUUUCUAGUAGAAGUUCUCCUGUUCCUGUGACUAAUGAAAUGCUUAGUGACACAACGCCGGAUGCACCUCGCAAUUUUACUAUUUCUGUCGGUCACAAUAGCGUAAUUGACAUGAAAUGGUUUCAUCCUUGGAGGACAGGUGGUCGUUUGCUUUGUUUCAAGAUCACCAUAGUGCAAAUUUCGUCAUAUUUGACAAAUAAUUAUCGGCGAUCUGCCGAGAGCAUGCCGCACAAAUUCGAUGUGAUGAAUUACCAACGUAACUAUAGCAUGCAGUUAUUUUUAUUGCCGUCGACACAAUACAACAUUUCUAUCAUAUCCGUAACGACAAAGCGCAAGAACAAUAGCACGAGCCCCUUAAAUUUUUGGACGCCAUCUACCAUAAAUUUCAAUGGCGAUGUAACAUUCGAUGUGCACGAGUCUGAUAUUACGAUCUCAGUGAAUGUUCCGUCUAUUGUGAACGAUACACUCAACAGCAUUUUGUAUAUUGUAGUUAAAGGUCCUAAUCCUUGCAAAAAUUAUUUGCCACCACGUAAGGAUUUGUGGGAGCAAGCAGGCAUGAAGAAAUACGAUAUCGCUUGGCAGGCUGUUGCAGUUUCGACUAGUACUGUUUCCUCUAAUGGCAUGGUAUUCACGCUUGGCAAUGGAGAAACUCAUGAUAACGCCACCAACUGCCCAUUGAAAUCUGGAGAGCUGUACAAUAUAUUGGUUAUCAUAAGGGAUUCGAAUUUUCCUUAUCAACCAAUCACGGUCACAAGGGAAGUAUCGAGGCGUAUCGGUGAACCGAUCCCGACCUCUCCUCAAUCCUGGCUUAUACCUAUUCUAAUAAUCAUCAUCGUGGUAGUUGCAGCUGUUUACUUUUACCGAAGAAGGAAACAGCAGAAGUCGAACAAGCAGCUAAUGUUGCAAGACGAGAUGGCCCUGUCGCAAAACAUUGAAACUUAUGAGCACGAUGCAAAGUCCGUGAUAUCAGACUCGAAGCAGGCUCCGUCGACUCCAUCCGACAGGCAAUCCCUAUCGCGGGCAACCACUCCAGACGUCCCGACGAUCGAAGCCGAGAAUAACGACGAAGAAAAGGAAAUGAUAUCAUUGAUGAAGGUAAAGGAUUUCGAGGAUUACGUCAGGCAAGCGAUAGAGUCCGGAUUGUUGGACAAGCAAUAUGAGACAUUUCCGAGAGGGCAAACGCAGUCGUGGGACUACGGAAAACUGCCGCAAAACAAAACCAAAAAUCGAUACGGCAACCUCAUAGCAUAUGACGAAACACGCGUGAUACUGAAGAAACUUCCGGAUGACGCUCACUCCGAUUAUAUCAAUGCCAACUAUAUCACCGGUUACAAGAAGAAGAAGCGUUACAUAGCAACGCAAGGGCCUAAACCCAACACGGUCGUGGAUUUCUGGCGCAUGAUCUGGCAGGAGAAGGUUCUCAUUAUUUGUAUGCUCGCGAACGUCAUCGAAAAUGGAAAGACAAAGUGCGAGCAAUACUGGCCGGAUAUUGGUAAGAAGAAAAAGUACGGCGAGAUCAUCGUCCUGAACGCAACGCACAACGUUUUCGCUGAUUAUUGCUUCCGAACUUUGCAUAUCACUUACGAAAAGGAAACUCGGAAGGUGGAACACCUGCAUUACACGGCUUGGCCGGAUCACGGUGUGCCAUUAUACACACAUUCUGUGGUCACCUAUUUGAAGAAGCUAUUGGCGACACCACCCGGAGAUGGGCCCGUAGUGGUUCAUUGCAGUGCUGGAGUCGGCAGAACCGGGACCAUCAUCUUGUGCGACAUUUGUCUUCAUCGGGCUGCAGCCGAAGGGGUGGUCGAUGUCUUCGCUGAAACGGCAUCUAUCAGGCGCGAACGAGCAAACAUGGUGGACAAUAAACAGCAAUAUUUGUUGGCGCAUUUGGCGUUGGUGGAAUGUUUGCUUAUUAUCCCAACUACUCUGCCGUGUAACGAGACGUUACCAACACGAAUCAAAGAGUUGAAGAAGCAACUGCCGGUCCAACAGCAACGAUUACAGGACACUGCGUGGCAGGACGAGGCUCUACGACCAGUUACGUCUCCGUUGUCAUUAUCGGAACGUAAUCGGGCGAAGAACAGAUUCCCCGAAUUGAUUUCAGAUAAGGUGAGCAGAAUAUAUUUGAAAAGAUAUCCGGCGUCGGACGAAGACAGCGAUUAUCUCUCCGCCGUUUAUGUAGACGGCGUGAGACUUCAAAAUCAGUAUUUAGCCACGCAGCUUCCUUUGCCGUCGACAAUCAACGAUUUCUGGAGGAUGAUCGCUGAAUUCAAAGUGGAACUCAUCGUUAUGCUACAACAGCCCGAUCCUGAGGACUCGAGCUGCUGCGCGAUCGCUCCCGCGAGCGGCGAGUUUAAGCCGACUCCGUACUUGAACAUUACGGCGAAAGAAAUCGUAGAGUCGGAGAAUUACACAUCGCAAAAGUUGCUGCUCAUUGAUAAUUCGGAGAAACCUCCUCGGGAGCAAUCCGUGACCAUAUUAUGCUGCACGGAAUGGAAACCCGGGCGGAAUCAACCACCGCCAUCGGUCAUGACGAUGGUGACGUUCUGGCAAGCAACCGAGAGAAUCGCGAGAGCCAGCGGACCCACUGUCACGCUUUGCCACGACGGAGUGACCGGGUGCGGUCUUUACUUAGCGCUGAGUUUUAUGCUGGAACGAAUGGCCGUCGAGAGAGAAUGCGACGUUUGUUUGGCGGUGCGAGCAGUUAGACGAUCGAGGCCGGAUUUUGUCCGAUCUGUGGAAUAUCUCGAGUAUCUGUACGACGCCGCGUUGACGUAUCUGGAGUAUUUCGAAACAUACGCGAAUUUCUCAUGAGAUAAGAAUAAAUUAUUUAAAUUAAGUUAAAUUGCCGGUAAACGCUAAUGCGUGAAACGGUAAACCAUGUUUUAUCUAUUACAGUUUAAUUAAUGUAAAAAAAAAAAUAC